GGGCCCCUCCGGAUCGCUCUCCGAGGAUGCCGCGCGCCGUGACCGGAGGAUGGGCGCUGCUGCUGAGCGCCCUGCUGUGGCGCCCGGCUGCCGCCGGCAAUCAAGAACUACCAACAGCCAUUAAUAUAACUUGGUCUUCAAUAAAUUUUAAAACUAUACUACAGUGGCAACCAAAACCAUCAGGUUACUUUUAUACAGUGGAAAUACACGGGCAGACAUCUGACACCAAAAAAAAAUGCACACUGACAAGAGAAACAGAAUGUGAUGUUACUGAUGCACUCAGGAAUGUAAAAGAGACCUACACAGCACACAUACUGUCUGUAACAUCCUUGGGGAUGGAUAACUUUGAAGAACCACCUUAUGCAGUCUCUGAAAAAUUUACACCUUAUAGUCAGACUGUUCUCGGAAAACCGGAGAUACAGAAUUACACACAAAAAGGUUCCAAACUGAAUGUUGUGUUCCAAGAUCCUCUUACACCAUAUGCAUUUCCUAAUGGAAGCUUUCAAAGUAUUCGAGAUAUUUUCCAAAAUGACCUGGAAUACAAACUCUACUACUGGAAAGAUCAAAGUUCUGGAAAGAAAGAUGCAGUAACAAAAAGCCAUAACUUUGAAGUGAGCGUUGACAGCACAAAGAACUAUUGCUUCUACAUACAGGGAAACAUUCCCUCCCGCAGAAAAAACCGUAGUGGUCAAGAAAGCAUGGUGCUUUGUACCAGUGUAGGAAGAAACAUCUUGGAUGAAUACGGAGCAGAAGUCUUUAUCAUCAUAGCAGUGAUAGCAAUUGCGGUCAUCACUCUUGCCAUUGUCCUGUCAGUGAUCCUGUGUAAACGCAAGAAAGCAAAAGCUGCAAGAGAAAAGGAACCACUUAAUGGUGUCUAGGGAGAAGUUGUGGACACUAGUGGCAGUUCCAAAGCACAAAAACAAACUGUGUAAUUGGGUGGAGCCUUUUAGCCUCUCUGAUACAGGAAUUUUGAAGCCUAAAUAUUAUGUGGACUCAAAAUUCUGUUUGACAGUCACAGUUGAAAAACCCAGAUAUCAGGAAGCCCUGUGUCACUAGUGGCUGGAGGCUAGAAGAGUAUUCUGGUGAUCUGUUACAAUGCCCUAACCCUGCUCAUGUACUCCUCCCAGGCCCCUUCUAUUAUUCUGCCUGAAACAGGAUUCUGAACUAGAGGGACCUUUGACUUGACCAGGGACAGCCAUUCUGAAGUAUGGCCUUACUGAGCCAGAAGAUUUAUGGUACUUGUGAGGGGAAAAAAAACACUACUUUUGAAAAAUAUGUGUCCUUUACCUAACUGAAAGGAACAUUUUCUGUUUCUAUGAAACAAAACCUGUAUUUAUCUUUCUUUUAACAUUAUUAACUGGUGAAAUUAUCUGUUAGUUCAGAUGGGAUAAAGAUGCUACUGUUAGUUCUGCACUUCUUGGAUAUAACUGAUUUGGUCUAUUUAUCUUUGAAUAUAGACAAUCAAAGGUAAACAAACUGAAACUACUGUACUGGUGAUUUGUAAGGAGCACUCUUGGAGUAGGUAGCUGCUAUCCAUCUGGAAAGCAUAUCUGGAUUACGCUACACACCGAGUUAGACAGGAUAGGCUGAUGGUUCCAAGAAAGUGUUAGAACAAGUAUUUGCAGGUUUUGAGUCACUAGUCAUGCACUUAAUGCAAACAUUGAGUAGGUAGCAGUAUUUACUGCAUUUUUAACAUUAUUUUUUAUUAAACUGUUGGUGAAUGGUUUACAUGGUAUAGAUUCAAAUCAUAUUGGUGAUGGGAUUUGGAGGUACUUGUUGCUUUGACUAUUUGAAUAUUUAUUUCAUAAACGAGAAUCUAAUUUUUAUACUGGUGAUAACUGUAUUUAUGGUGGUAAUUUAUACUUUCCUAAUAAAAUAAAGGUGACUGGAAAAUUAA